AUGGCGCCCGCUCAACCAGAACUCAAGAAGUACCUCGACAAGAGGCUGUUUGUGCAGCUCAACGGCGGUCGCAAGGUUAUCGGCGUUCUUCGCGGAUACGAUGUCUUCCUGAACAUCGUGCUGGACGAGGCGGUCGAGGAGAAGGAAGGCGGCGAGAAGGUGCGGAUCGGCAUGGUGGUCAUCCGUGGCAAUUCUGUCGUCAUGCUCGAGGCCCUCGAACGCAUUGGUGGUGACGACCGCAGGCAACAGCAACACUAG